AUGCCGGAUCUUCAAGGAAAAGUACUGUCGACGAAAAUCGUCGCCGUCGACGAACGCAACGGCGUCGCGCGCGCGCGCACGGGCGUUCGAGGGGUGGUGACGUAUCGUUUAUCCGAGCUCGAGAACCCCGAGGUGCGCGUGGGCGAUGUGGUGGAGGCGAGGGUGACGUGGAUGAACAACCCGAUCGGGACGCUGGACCUGGAGACGAGCGGGUUGCGAAAACGAAAAUCUCGAGAACGGGUGUGGCGGGAGUUGCUGGAGGCGAGAGAUCAGGGGAAGGCGGUGAAGGGAAGGAUAUUGAACGCGGUGAACGGGGGGUACGCGGUCGGGAUCGCGGGAGUGAUUGCGUUUUGUCCGACGCGAGCGUUUCGAGGGAGAGCGCCGCCGCAGACGGCGGAGAAGGCGGCGGCGCACGAGCGGGCGACGGGGAAGAGAAUAGAGGGACCGAUCGUGGGGGAGCUGUUGAAUUUUAGGGUUUUGAAGAUGACCUCGAGCGGGGAGCACUACAGGAACGUGGUCGUGAGCGGGCCGCUCGGCGGAGGCGUGAGCGAGAAGCGGUUGCAGGCGCGCGCGAGGAACUCGACCGCGAGGUCUUGGGGACCGAACGCGCGAAGGAGCGCGCCGAGUGAGGGUGAUGAGACGGGAAUUAGCGAGGAUGAUGCGAAGGGGACGACCGACGACGCGCGCGUCUCGGACAAGUAG